AUGAAUAGCAGCAGAACAUUUAGUGAUACAGUGCUGGAAGAUGAGGCCUUCAGGUUGAAAGGCACUCAGAAUAAAACUGAGGAAGACACGCCUCCUCAAACUAGAGUUGACCUUAAUGACAUGGAUGGGACCCUGGGGGCCGGCCCACCCGUUCGUGCAGGAAACGCCUACCCAGUGCCCAUGAGCGGUGCUGCGCACCAGAGAGAGAAGUCCCCGGGAGGAAGUGACUGGUAUCCGAGCAAGGAAAGCAGCGUCCUAGCAGGGGACCUGUCCCGCCCGGAUUUUGGCGAACAGGGGCGGAGCGUGAACGCGGUGUUCAGCUCUAUAUUCUGUGCCAAUAUUUAUGCAGCCCCCACUGGGGAUACCAUGAUGCCUGCCUUCCUCUCAGUGGACUGUGAGAUCCUACUGGAAAUCAGAAAGAUAUUUUUCCUGAACCUCAUUCUGAAGCCCUGGAUUCCUGUACAGCAUGACACUGGGGACAAAAGUGUUACCUACAAUGCUUGUGUAGUCCAAUUAUUUUUUGUCAUCUUUGUCGGGGCAGCAGAAAUCUUUCUUCUAACUGUCAUGUCCUAUGACCACUAUGUGGCCAUCUGCAAGCCUCUGCGCUACACCACCAUCAUGAAUGACAGGGUGUGCACCAUAUGUGUCCUUGGCUGUUGGCUGACUGGGUUACUUGUCAUACUCCCACUGCUUAGCCUGGGAGUUCAGCUAGAUUUCUGUAACUCCAAUCUCAUUGACCAUUUUGGCUGUGAUGCAUCCCCUCUUCUGAAGAUUGUUUGCUCAGACACGCAAUUUGUAGAACAAGUUGUUUUAACCAUGGAUGUGCUAACCCUCAUAUUCACACUAGUGUGUGUAAUUGUAUCCUAUACAUACAUCAUCAAGACCAUCUUAGGACUGCCCUCUGCUCAGCAAAGAAAAAAGGCUUUCUCUACUUGUUCUUCCCAUGUGAUUGUAGUUUCCCUCACCUAUGGAAGUUGCAUCUCCAUCUAUAUCAAACCAGCAAAGGAAGGAGUGGCCCUUAAUAAGGUGGUAUCAUUGCUCAACACCUCGUUUAUCCCUUUGAUGAACCUUUUCAUUUACACUCUACAAAACAAGCAAGUCAAACAAGCCUUCAAGGACUCAUUAAAAAAGAUUGCAUUUCUUUCAGAGCAUUAG